CAGGAGGCGGUGGCUGCUCAGCGCCUGAAGCCACUCAGUGUGGAGUCGCAGCGGGGUCCGAGGCCGAGUCGCUCGCCGUUACCACAGCGACAGCGAAAGGGUGGACAGUCGGCCCGCAUGCGGGGGACUUGGGUGAAUCAGUGGAGUCGUCGGCGCGGUUAGCCGCUAAUCGUUUACAGUAACAUUCUGUGUGGCCGCGGUGAGAGAUUCAACAGUAGAAAAUGGUUACAUGUCCCACAAAUGUAAUACUGAAGUGGCUUGAACAUCUGAAUAGUUCCUGGGCCUUGGAAGACAGUGAAUCUACAGCAACAAGGGAAGGUGCUUCUGCAUUGUAUGAAAAGUUGCUCCAUAACAAAGAAGUGGUAGGGAUAUCCCAACAGGCCCAACAUUUGAUUGAUCCUCGGUUGCCAGAUUUUGAACAUGAGUCUUCAGCUGUGGAAGAACGUGAGCAGUAUCUCUCUGCACUACUCAACAGUCAACAGAAUUUGGCCAAAACAGUCUUUGGAAAUUCACCUUUUGCUGUCGCCUUACACAUGCGAUUACUGACUCUUCAAAGAAUAUUUUAUGCACUUUCUAACAAAUAUCACGAUAGGUUCAGACCGGAGCGUCAAGUACAAAGGCAGAGUUCUGACACCAGAUUAGAUCCAGGAGAUGUGUUGGUCAGGAAUACAAGAACAAAAACGGGUACUGAUGUUUUAAUUGAGAUGGGAGUUAAGACUGGCCUAAGCCUACUGUUUGCACUAAUUCAACAAAAUUGGCAACAGUCAAAGUUAGAUCCAAGUUUGAGCCUGUGUAAUGAUGUUUUGUGCACAGCCUGCACAAUUAUCAAUUCUCUACCUCCACUUUCUCUAGCAAAUGAAAGUAAAAUCCCACAGGUAGGUUUGGACUGCCUCACACAAGUUACGACAUUUUUAAAGAAGAUGACCAUGCCCAGUUCUGGUGCUGACUGUCAAGGUCGAAGAUUGGCUUCAGAGCUACUCCUUGGUCUUGCAGUUCAGCGUGGAUCUUUGAAGUUUCUACUUGAAUGGAUUGAAGUGGCAUUGGCUGCUUCAGCAGCUGCUGCUAAUGCAUCAGAAAAGGAAGGAAUGAUUGGAUAUGAUUGUUUUAUAAAAUCACUGGAGCAACUGAAGCAUUGUUCGAAUGCAUAUGUGGAUAAUCUACAGAAUCAAGAGCUCAAGAAGACCCCAGAUGGGAUGUGUUCUCUUUCCAAUGCAGCAAUUUGUCUUUUUGAAGAGAUUUGCAGGUUGGCCUUAGACUGCCUGUGCAGCACCAGUUCUCAGAACUCUCAAAGCCGUGACAGCGAAACGAGCACUGUGUAUGUUUGGGGCAGUAACAGUAGUCAUCAGUUGGCAGAAGGGACACUGGAGAAAAUUUUACAACCUAAAUUAGCACAUGGAUUUGCUAAUGCGCAGACGAUUGAAGCUGGACAAUACUGCACAUUUGCAAUUUCAGAAGAUGGUUCUGUAAAGGCUUGUGGAAAAGGGAGCUAUGGCAGACUUGGACUUGGUGACUCAAAUAAUCAGUCAGCACCGAAAAAGCUCACAUUUGAACCUCAUCGCAGCAUUCGUAAAAUCUCAUCCUCAAAAGGUUCAGAUGGGCACACACUAGCUGUAACUGCAGAAGGAGAUAUAUUCAGCUGGGGAGAUGGCGAUUACGGGAAGCUCGGACAUGGAAAUAGCGCUACACAGAAAUAUCCCAAACUGAUUCAAGGACCAUUAUUAGGAAAGAUUGUGGUCUGUGUGUCAGCAGGAUACAGGCACAGUGCAUCUGUGACAUCUGAUGGAGAGCUUUAUACUUGGGGAGAGGGAGACUUUGGCAGACUUGGACACAGUGACAGUCAUAGUCGCAAUUUACCAACUCUUGUGAAAGAUAUCAGUAGUGUUGGCCAAGUAGCUUGUGGAAGCUCCCAUACUAUUGCUGUGUCUCAGGAUGGACGAACAGUAUGGUCGUUUGGUGGUGGAGACAAUGGUAAACUUGGACAUGGGGAAACUAACAGAGUGUACAGACCAAAGGUAAUUGAAUGUUUGCAAGGCUUAUACAUUAGGAAGGUGUGUGCUGGGAGCCAAUCUUCGCUUGCAUUGACUUCUGCUGGACAGGUAUUUGCAUGGGGCUGUGGCUCUUGCCUGGGAAGUGGAUCUUCAGAAACAACGGCUCUUAGACCACGCCUAAUUGAGGAGCUGAAUUCAACCAAAAUCAUUGAUAUUUCAUGUGGCGAUAGUCAUUGUUUGGCACUGACACAUGAUAACGAAGUUUACGCUUGGGGUAAUAAUGCAAUGGGCCAGUGUGGACAAGGACAUACAUCAACUCCAAUUGCUAAACCAAAGAAAGUAAUUGGUUUGGAGGGAAUACCUAUUCAGCAAAUCACCGCAGGAACUUCUCACAGCCUGGCGUGGACAGCCCCUCCGACUGACAGGCAACUGGUCGCCUGGCACAGACCUUUCUGCGUUGAUCUGGAAGAAAGUACGUUUAGUUAUUUGCGAACAUUUUUGGAUAGGUACUGUGAUGGAAUUAACAAUGAGGUACCUCCACAGCCUUUCUUUUCUCAAAGGGAACAUCAUAAUUUUGUGUAUCUUUGUUUGAAAUUACUUUCCACUCAUCUUUCGCUGGCUCAAGCUGGAGGUACUGGAGCUGCUGUUCUCGGGCAACAGGGUAGACCACUAAGGAACUUGCUUUUUCGACUAAUAGAUUCAGAUGUUCCAAAUUCUAUUGAAGAGGCAGUCAAUGAAACACUUUCAGUUGGUGCGUCUUUAUUGUUGCCUCCACUCAGGGAACGUACUGAACUUCUACAUAAUCUGCUACCUCAAGGCCCAGAGAGAUGGGAAAGUUUAUCAAAAGGACAAAGAAUGCAAUUGGAUAUAAUACUGACGAGCCUACAGGACCAGUCCCACAUCGCAUCCCUGCUGGGUUAUAGCUCACCUACUGACAUAACCGAAGGUUUCUCACAAAGCUUCUUCCCUGAUCAGGACUCAUCCAAUUCAGGGAUUAUUGACAACUUCCACUUAGCAGAAAUACUUUUGAAAACUCUUUUAAGGAACAUCGGUUUUUACACUGAACGUGCUUUUGGUGAGUUGGAGAAGAACAGUGAUAAGCAGCAAAGUAAUACAACACCCACAGAAAGUGGACCACCCUCCCAUGUCCGUCAGCUGCUCUCUGCAUUGCAUAAACAUUUGCUGGCUCACUGUUACUCACAUUCUACUGCUAAGGAUCACUUGAACAUAGAUUUGCUGCAUAAACAUGUAAAGUUGCUGCUGCUAUAUGCAUCUGAUACCUACAGACGAUCUGCUCUUCUUCUGAAAGAAAGCUUACUGGAUAAAAGUGUCACAGAAAAACUACAUGGUAUUCUUUUUAACUCUGCUGCUGGAAGUGUUUUAUGUCAAGUGAUCUACUCCCUUCUGUUGCUACCUGUUAGCAUUGUACGACCUUUACUAAGCAAUCUUCUAGAUCUGCUCCAACCUCUUGAUCACCUAAUCCGGCUUUUACCAGCUGCUAUGUUACUGGAGGAGCAGGAACUCGAAUGGACAAUGCAUGAAUCUGAAAGCAGUCCAGAAAAAUCCAUUUCAACUGAUGCUAAAUCUUGGAUUUGGCUAAUUGAUAUGGAACGGACAAUUUCCUUCACUGUUGGGCAGUGUCUUGGAGAAAUGCUGCAAGGUCCUGUUUGUUCAGCGGAAGAAGAGAACGCUGCAUAUUGGCUACAAAGCCAACUCCUCAACAAUGGACUUGAAAUUGAUUCUGAACAACUUGAUUUGCUCAUGAAUUGUCUCACUGGAAAAGCAUUGGCUGGCUGUGUGGAAAGGAAGUCUUUUGAGUUGCGGGUUUCUGAGGACACUGCAGCACUUAUAGAUAUCGCAUUGGGUACCUCAGUAGAACCAGGGUACAAAAUCUGGAACCGAAUGCAGGUUUACGCCAACAGCAAUGAAUGGGAACAUGGUACAAAUGGAGAUCACUUGUUGGACACAGUGUCCCGAUUUGUUCUUGCAGUAUUACUCAAGCACACGGGCUUAUUUCAAGAGGCGUGCAAAGAUGACCGGUGUCAACCCAGUGAGAGACUUGUGGAAGUAUAUCAAUGUGUCUACAAGGUUAGAAGUACACUUCUGGCUCAAACGAAUGCUGCCUAUAAAACUGCAAAUGUGCAGCUGCCUACUUGGCCCAGACAGCUUUCAGAUGUCUCCGAUAACGUUGAAGAUGAACCAAGAGAAAGCUGUAGUACCACUGAGCAAACCGUGAAUGUUAGACAAUCAGAGGAACCACAAUACAACAUGGAAAGAGAGAUUGUACUGUUGGACACAGAGGAGUUCCCAAAGAUCAGCAAGGUUUUAGAGUGUUUCCUAGCCCGAAAGGCUGCUUGUCACCAUGAAAAUGAAACCGUAUAUGAAUACUCAGGCACAAGUAGCCGGCCUAAUAGCACAGGCAGUGUGGAAGCUCCAGAAGCCGAAAAUACUCUGAAAGAAAAAAGAAGGGAUUCGGAAGAGCAAUAUUCAUUUAUAUCCAUGUGCCAUUAUGUAAUUUUACGCUGUGCCUUCCUCAUUCUUGGAGUAAGGGCUGUGUGGCUGGCGAAAGGUUGGAAAGAAGAGCCAACACUAGCUACAAUUAGGAAAGAAAAUUCUAUGCAAGAAGAGCAGUCAUCUCGGGCAAGACUGAGACAGAAUCAAAGUGACUGUGAUGCAAGGAAGCAAGUGAAUAAAGAAUUUUCCGAAGGUCAAUCAAGAAUGCAGUCAAGAUCAUCUGAGCACACAUUAGAUGUGCCAUUGUGUUCAUUGGGCAUUAUGAAAGAUGCAUGGCAACUGCUACGGCAAUGUAUCAGCCCACCAGAAAACUCCAAGGGUACUACAUUUGCACCUUUGCUGAAUGACAUCUUUCAAUUCCUCUGUGGGCAUCUUACUCGGACUUCAAAUCUGGUAGAACAAGAAGUGGGGAAAGGGUCUGACCCUAAGGCAAUUAUUACAGCAAUGGGUCACCAGCAGGAAAGAGCAGAGCUUCGUCUUGAAGCUCUUUGCCAGAUUUCAACUUUCCUCUCUGAAAUGGAGGCUAAAGGUGGCUCCUCAUUGGAUAGUUCAGGACUGUCAGUAAAAUCCACUGGUCUUCUAUUGACAGUACAGUUGCAGUUUUUAAUUGGCUGUUUUGAUCUGGGAACAGCAAAUACAACAAACAUUAAACGGAAUUGUGGAAAACUCCAGCAUUAUACGGAUAUAACACAGGCUGCCCAUGGAAGUACACAGAUUGAGCUCCAAGCUGCAGCACAUAAGCUUUAUCAACAUUUGGUGUCUUCUCUGAAACGGGGACUUGCAACUGGAAAUGAAUUCUCAGGAGCACAGCAGCACCUCCUGUUGGCUACUAUAUUUGCUUUAAACAUCCGUUACCAGCCUGCUGACCUAUCCGUGGUCAUUAACAGUGGUCUUCUCGAAGCUCUUUCAAAGCUGACAAACUCCUGUCUCCUGGUAAACCAACGUUGGCUGAUGGCUUCAGUGUCUGGUCAUCCCCAUUUAAAUAUUGCACUAAAGUUGGCAGGUGCUCGACUUCUGCAGAUUUUAGCUAUCACUGCUAGUUCCUACGCAGAAACCUUGUGUCCUGAAGUAGUUCAAGCCCCAAUGGAUGUAUUGUGCUGCCAGUUGCAAAGUUUUUUGCAUGCAAUGUGUAGAAAUUCAGAAUGUGAAUUAGCUGAAGAGGAAUGUACAGAACAACGUAGUUGUGGAUCCAGCAUCAGGUCCAGAAGUAAAGAUCAUGGCAAAAGCAGACGAAUUGUAGAAACCCAGUUGGGAGACUUUCUUGUUUUUUUGCGUCGUGUUAUCUCCUUCAAAAAUGUACGGAACAACAUUGUUUCUGUGAAAUGGAUUGAUCCACUCUUAUUGAUAGCUACACAGAUGCAUGAAACAGGUCUUCCACUCGUGCGCAAUUUACGUACCAAGCUGCUAGCUUUGCACAUUUUGGAGUCACUGCUGCCUGCCUGCUUUGAACCGAACCAAAUUAAAGAGAUUUUGGAGCGGCUCUUCAGUUCGCUUUCCGCUAGUAUGUGGGAAAUGCCAUUUGCUUUAACCAAAAAGGAAAAAGAAGCGGAUAAAGCACUUGAGACAGAGGAUAAAGAGGAUGACAACAUUCCCAUUAAAGAGUUUUCAUUUGAUCCAGAUAAAAUGGUUUGCUGUAGUUUGGAAUCUGGAAAUGUUUUAUCUCAUGGUGCAGGUGGCAAAGGAUAUGGAUUAGCAACAACUGCUAUAACAUCUGGAUGCUUUCAUUGGAAGUUUUACAUAACCAGAGAGAAUAAAGGUAAUGAGGGUACAUGUGUUGGAGUAUCACGAUGGCCCAUCAGAGAUUUCAACCACCGCACAACAUCGGACAUGUGGCUUUAUAGAGCUUACAGUGGGAAUCUCUACCAUUGUGGGGAGCAAGGUUGUAUCUUACCAAGUUAUACACAAGGGGACUGUGUAACUUGUGUCCUGGAUGUGGAAGCAAGAACAAUCUCAUUUGGAAAGAAUGGCGAGGAACCAAAGUUAGCCUUUGAAGAUGUUGAUACAACUGAGCUGUAUCCUUGUGUGAUGUUUUACAGCAGUAAUCCUGGAGAAAAGGUGGCACUUUGUGAUAUGCAAAUGCGUGGAAUUUGUCGAGAUCUCUUGCCUGGUGAACCAUUUUGUAGUCCUCUAUCAACUGUACUGGCAGAAGCAACGGUCCAGUUGAUCCGAAAACUCCAUAUCCAUGACAACUGGAUGCCUGCGAUUAACCACCACAUGCUUUGUAGGCUUGAGCUGAUUGGUUCAAUAAUGAAAGAAGCAAAAGUUUUGAAGCUGAAUAAAUCUCGAAGUAAAUAUUCGGUAAAGAAAAGUACCUUCGAGGAAAAAGAAACAAGAGGACAGGAAGAUAAGUUAUUCAAGGGUGAAGAUAAGGCCCAAGGCAUCACAGACUUAGCUGAGCUGCAACUAAGAAUGUUGUGCAGAGAGGUAUGGCCUGUUCUGGCAGUUGUUGGUGGAAUUGACUGUGGGCUCCGUGUUGGUGGUCAUUGCAUACAUAAACCUUCAGGGCGCAGAGCAACCCUUUUAGGAGUUAACAAAGAAAGAGGCACCUCUGCAAGACUACAAUGGGAAGAUGUGGAAAUCACCAUCAGUGACACACCACUCUCUACGUUGGAGCCAUGCAAGCCAUACCCCUUUGAUAUCACAAGAUUUCAUGGUCUUAAAGCUGCGAUGUUACUGGACCUGACCUACUUGACUGGAGUCCAUGAAGAACCUGAAAUAAGCGGCAAGGUGACACAAAAUAAAGAUUCAGCUGAGAAGAUUGUCAAGCCCGAAUUGGAAAAAAAAUUGGAUGAUGAAAUUGCAAAAUGUAUGGCAGAUGAUGACCACAAAGAUCCCACCAACUUACAGAGCAGAGAACCAUCAAAUGUACUCACCAAAAAUCUAACUGAUCAAAAUGAAGAAAAUGAAGCUCAGAAAGGAUGUGCUUUGAAAAUUGAUGGUGACUUAAUUGAAAACUGUCAGAGCUCAUGUGACCGGAAUUUACAAAACCAUGAAUUGUUUCUAGCUGAACUACGAGCUGUGCAACUUUCGUAUAUCUCUGUUGGGGCCAUGAAAACCCUUAGUGCCAUACUGAGUUAUGGAAAAUAUGCGGACUUGCUCCUUGUUCCAAAUAUCACUGCAAGUAGUCCAAGUAGUUCAGAAUGUGCCAAAGCUUCCUCCAGCUCCGUAGAGAAUACUGAACUCCGAAUGGUUCUUCAUUACUUAAUGAGGUGCAUGGUAAAAUGGGCUGUGCGACCAUGCCCAAUUAAACGAGUAAUUUCACUCGCUGAUCUAGAACGUGCACAUAUUAUGAUCUUCAAGUCUGCUUUGGAUUCCUUGGUGGGAGAUUACAGAGCUAAGGAGAAUAGAGAUGCCUCAUUACCAGAAAAUGCAAGACUUCACUCUCAAGCAGCAUCAACCUCAUCCAGCACAGUUUCUCUCUAUAGUAACUCUUCUGAAGAAAGUGUGGGCGUUCCCUUCUCGGUGUCAGCUUCAAAUUCUUCUUCCACGACUAAUUUGGGUUCUUUAGUGUCAAUGAAUGGACUAGAAAAUUUCAAUCCCUUCUUGCCUGUCAAUGUCUUACAACAAAUGGUCUUUGUAAGAUUUCCUUCACUUUCUGGAUUAAUUAAUAAUCCUUUAUUACUUCCUGGGUUGAACGUGGUACCCACUAUCUCGGAUGACGAUGGAGAACAAAGAAAUUAUUUCUCAUUUCCUUCUGUCUCUACCAGGCAGCAUAGUUCACCAGAUUGUAGACAUGAUCCUCCUGAGAAUCCACCGCCUGUCGCUGUUCCUUUGCUAGAAAUGGGGUUUUCUUUGAGACACAUUUGCAAAGCAGUUGAUGCUGCAGGUGUUUCUGGGAAUGCCGAUCCACAAUCAAUUGAACAACUAGCCAGCUGGAUGCUGGAACAUCCACUACCAGAGGAACAGGAAGUCAUUGUUUACUCCUCAGCAACCAUUGAGAAUGAUUUGGAGGUACCUGUGGAGUCCGAGGUUAUAGUACACGACCGAGCAACAACACUCGUGUCUCCAGAAGCUGUUGACAGGGACGAUGCAAUUGAAGGAACAACUGAUGGUUUGGAUCAGAUAGAAAGAGGAAAUUUUAUAGAUGUGCAUUUGACAAGAAAUAGGCCUCCACCUGCUCGAAGGCGUAGAGCGAGUCAAGGACAGCGAUCUGUAUUCAGAGGAGCUGAAUCUAGAUCUCCUCAGCUGGUUCAGUCAACAUUAAGAAGAGAACCUGGAACUGCAGGAUGGCAAGAGGUUGAUGCUAUGUCUGACCGCAAUCUGGAUGGAGAGUUGGAGCUCUGUUUUUCUGAAGAUCCAUUGUCUGAAGGUUCUGUUGAAGAUAUGUUUCCUUCUGAAUGUGGUACUGAAAAUGAAGCACAAGGCAUGUGGUUUUCUGAGAUGAUGGAUUGGCCUAACAUGUGCCAGGACACCUCAGAUGUAGAAGAGAUUGUCAUUUGUGAACUCUGUGAUACUCAUACAAUGCAGUUCAACAAUCACAUGAAGAGACAUCACCCUGGUUGUGGAGAGAGUGCAGGUCAUUUGGGAUAUCGGAGUAAUGGAGCCUAUGUUGAUGGUUGGUUUGGAGGAGAGUGUGGCACAGGGAGCCCGUACUACUUGAUGUGUAACAAUUGCCGUGCAAAGUACCUAGCAGAAAAGCCAAGAUACAAGCAAGCCAAAUUAAAUCGCAAAACCAAAGGAUUAGCGCCUGAUUUAAUCAGCAAACAUGAAAAUACGCCUGAAGAGGACUGGGACAUAUUAGAUUCAGAAGGAAAUGAGCGGCUUACAGGACAGGAAGAUUUUGCUUCAUUAGCUGAACCACUUGGGUUAAAUGACAGCAAAUUGAUUCCAGAUCCAGUUCAAUUUCCAGAACAGGAUCCUCUUGGGGCAUCAGUUGCCACUGAUAACACACAUGAAAUGCUUUUAAAGAAAGGUUUAAAUAGGUCUGAUGAGAAAACAAACACCAAACUGACUUUGGGUGAACAAGCUGCAUCUCUCCGGGAUACCCAGGAAAGAGUUUUUGCUCUUCAGCGUAUCACAGUGGCUAUGCAAAUUCUUCUAGCACAUACCAUGGUUAUGAAAGCUUUAUCAUUGAUCUCUGUAAGUGGUUCCAUGUGCAGCCAGACAAGUGGCCUGGAAGCUCUUGGAUUAACUGACAUCCGUGUCUUGGUUCGGUUAAUGUGUCUCGCUGCUGCAGGAAGAGCUCAGCUGGCAAAUAAUGGAAUUGAAUGUUUAUAUUCAAAUAACCAACUUAGACCUUCAAAAGGAACAAUUUGGAAUACCAACUCUUGCCUGACAUAUAUGAGUUCAGCAAUUGGCUGUCUAGUGGCUAACAGCCCUACUGCUUAUAGGGUGUUAGUUGAUGUUUGCACUCAGGAUUUGAUUGCUGCUGCAACAGGGCUGCAUGUAGGUAUGAUCCGUGACUCGCAGCAGAAGAACAGAGUGCUUCACCUUUUCCAUAGACCAGUAAAAGACAACAGACUUUCUAGCUCUCCCAACUUCCUGGUAACUCAAACCUUAGUUGAGCUGCUCACUGAAAAAGGUUUCCGCCAUCAUUCCAGUCGUGAUAAAGAAGAGACCGAACACAAGGAUGCUGCUGCAACGACUACUACUACUACUCCCUAUUAUUCGUCAUCACAUGUUGGACCCUUAGAACUGGCCAAUGCACUUGCAGCAUGUUGUUUAUCAGGGAGACUGAGUUCUGGACAUCGUCAGUGGGCUGCACAGCAUCUUGUACAGGCCUUGUCAGUGUCAGAAAGGAGCAAUCAGUUCAGACCUCAAACGUAUGCAGAUUUAGCGGGGGAUCUCCGGAAAUGUCCAACUGUCAAACUGGAAGCACACGAGAAUCGGGUUGCAAGUUCUUCUUGGUCAGUUGCAAAGUCUUUGCUGGCCACGAGUGCCCUGGAUGGAACUAUUCGCCUUUGGACUUUAACAAAAAACACAGUUGCUUUAAAGCAAACCAUUUGCUUUAAAAUUUGUGAAGACUCUGAUAAGAGGCCGAGUAUACCUACAGGUGACAUCAGUUUGUCUCCUGUUCACUGGAGUGCAAGUGGUGGAUUCUUGGCUGCUUCGCAAGACAAAAUAGUCAACAUCUAUCUAGUGGAUGGGAAUCAAAUCCAUGUGAAGAUUCAGCCUUCCUGGGUAACUGCUAUAACCUGGGCAGAUGUUCAAACACCACUUGUGAGCAAAAGCAAUGACAAACAAGCGGAGUUUCUGUUAGUGGGUCGACUGGAUGGAUCAAUUGGCUGCAUUGAAGUUACAGAAGUAUCCGUUUCUGACACAAUUGAGCUAGUGCAUUGUCAGAGGAAAGAUGUUGCUGUUCAAUGCAUUGCCUGGUACAGUGAAGACAAACCAAUUGCGGUUGGGUACUCCGAUGGAAAAAUACUACUUACAGCAAGAGAGCCACAUAAUUCAGAAGAACCUGUGAUACUUAAUUCAUUUCAGGAAAGUGUAACUUGCCUAAAAUGGGACCCAACUGGACACCUGCUGCUUGCUGUUGCCAGAGAAGAGAUGGUGAAAAUCUGGGGGAGAAUAGGCAAUGCCUGGCUCGCAGUCCAAACUCUGUUUCACACAGCAUUGGUUAAUACUUCAGCUUGGUGCCCACUUCCAGGGAAAGGUCAGGAUCCAAGACUAAUGCUUGCAGUGGGUUGUCAGAAUGGCUUAGUUUAUGUUUGGACACUACCACAAGGUGGCACUGCUGUAUCAUUACCAAACCUCUUGCAUUCUCCUGAUGUCCACGAAAGACAUGUUGAGGAAAAAUUUCAAUUCAGAGGUAGAGCCAAAUGUGUGUUUCGUCUGAACGCUCAUAUAACUGCAGUGAUGCUGGUGUCCUUCAAUACUGAUGGUUUAACACUUUUAUCUGGAGGGAUUGGGGGUCUGAUAAAUAUCUGGUCUUUGCAGGAUGGUUCAGUUCUACAGACAGUGGUGACUGGUUUGGGAUCAGUAGUUGGUGUAGCCUGGAUUCCAGAUAUUGGUGUGGCAGCUUGCUCCAGCAGAUCAAAGGAUGUCCUCUUAAUCAGGUGUUGUCCAGAGUGGAUCUCUCAGAACCACAUUCUAGCAUCCUGCCGAAUGGCUCUCCGAGCACAGGGUAUCAUAGGACUGAAUAAGGCUCCUUGUAUGAAAGUUUUUAUCGAAAGAUUGUAUUUGCUGCUGCGUACACAGUAUGCCUAUGAAAAGCCACAUGUGACCUGUGGAGAUCAACUCGUACAUAGUACCUUCCUGCAAAGUUUGGCCUCCCUUACAGUAGGUCUAAGUUUGGACCAGUUCCUUACCAGAACAGCAGAAUCACCUCAUCAUAAGAACAAUAACCUGGAACCAGUUUCUCCAGAAUGGAGUUGGCUCGCAACUUACUCUGCUACUAUUAAGAGUGCCGAAGCUCUUGCCAAAGGAACUGCCUUCCCAGAAACCUUUAGUGUUCCAGAACUCAACCAGGAUUCAGGCUCAGAAGUCAUCAAAGCACUGGAGAACAAUAAGUGGAGUUGCUUAAUGGAUGAGCAGCUUAUGACUUGGGCUACAUCUAAACCAGAGGACUGGCAGCUUGGUGGUAAAAGUGAAGUGUUUUUAUGGGGAGGUGGACGUCAUGGACAGUUGGCUGAUGCUGGGAACAGUGCUUUAGUACCUGCACUUGCUCCAUCACUGACACAGGCUUUGCAGGUGGUGUGUGGACAGAACUGUACAUUCCUUGUUCAGGCAGAUGGGACAGUUGUAGCUUUUGGGGAAGGUAGUUAUGGACGCUUGGGUCAAGGAAAUUCUGAUGACCUUCACACUCCUACUGUUAUUGCAGCAUUGCAGGGUUAUGUUGUAACUCAGUUAGUCACUUCGUGUGGAUCAGAUGGUCAUUCUAUGGCUUUAACCGAGAGUGGGGAAGUUUUCAGCUGGGGAGAUGGUGAUUAUGGAAAGCUUGGACAUGGAAAUAGUGAAAGACAACGCAGACCUAGACAAAUUGAAGCACUGCAGGGAGAAGACGUAGUGCAGCUCUCUUGUGGAUUUAAGCAUUCGGCUGUGGUAACAGCUGAUGGAAAACUCUUCACUUUCGGGAGUGGAGAUUAUGGAAGGUUGGGUCUUAGGAGUACAUCGAAUAAAAUGCUACCUGAAAAGGUGACUGCACUGGAGGAUUAUUCAAUAGGACAGGUCGCUUGUGGAUUGAAUCACACUCUGGUCGUCUCGUCAGAUGGAAUGAUAGUCUGGUCAUUUGGCGAUGGAGACUAUGGCAAACUAGGUUUAGGGGCUUGUACUGUUAAAUGCUGUCCCCAGAAAAUCGAAAGUCUUUGUAAUAAAGGAGUGAAGAAAGUAGCUUGUGGAACCCAGUUUUCUGUUGUACUGACAAAGGAUGGUCACGUGUACACUUUUGGACAAGAGCGACUUAUUGGUUUGCCAGAUUCAAUGUUGCGGAAUCACAAUCGUCCACAGCAAGUCCCCGCACUAGAAGCAGUGUUUGUUGAAGAUAUUGCAGUGGGAUCGGAGCAUACACUCGCUUUAUGCUCUACGGGGGAUAUGUAUGCCUGGGGAUGUAAUGCUGAAGGCCAGCUUGGUCUAAACCAUACCAACCAAGUAAAAGAACCAACAUUGAUUACUGCACUUGAGGGGAAAAACAUUCGUCAGAUUUCAGCUGGUCGGUGUCACAGUGCUGCAUGGACCACACCCCCUCUUUCAGCUUCAACUCCAGGUAACACAAUUCCUGUUCAACUUGGUAUACCACAAAUGAUACCUCCGCAAUACAAUGUACUGAAGGAAUGCAGCCCAGAAAUCCUCACAGAUAGGCUACGGGUCCUGUUUCACUUCUCUGAUCUGAUGUAUAGGUCUUGGCGACUAUUGAAUCUCAACUCAAAUCAUCAGACUAAUAUUUCACGGUAUAAUAUUGGAGCUUCAGCAAUAGCUCAAGGUCGAUUGAGAGGCCUUCUGUCUCCAAAAGUCAACAUUCUGCCACUUGUACGAUCAAUAGGAAAAACUAUGAUUCAAGGGAAGACCUAUGGACCUCAGAUCACGGUGAAGAGAAUUUCUGCACGGGGCCGAUCAACCAAACCUAUCUUCAUCCAGAUUGCCAAGCAAGUUGUCCAGCUCAAUGCCUCUGAACUGAGACUUCCAUCACGAGCCUGGAAAGUGAAGUUGAUCGGGGAAGGUGCUGAUGAUGCUGGUGGGGUAUUUGAUGAUACAAUUACAGAAAUGUGCCAGGAAUUGGAGACUGGCGUGGUCGAUCUACUGAUUGCAACACCAAAUGGCACUGCAGAAGUUGGUAGCAAUAGAGACAGAUUCUUGCUUAACCCAUCAGCUUGUACUGCUGAACAUCUCCAGCAGUUUAAGUUUCUGGGAAUCCUGAUGGCUGUGGCUAUUCGAACCAAGAAACCAUUGGAUCUACACCUGGCACCAUUUGUAUGGAAACAGCUCUGCUCAAUCCCUCUCUCUUCUGAGGAUCUAGAAGAGGUUGACUUGCUUUAUGUUCGGAACUUGUAUGGAAUCUUGAAUUUAGACAACAGUGGAAUAACAGAGGAAAAUUUCCUAGAAAUGAUCCCUUUAGAUUCAUUUGUUGGUCAGAGUGCAAACGGUAAGGUUGUUCCAAUAAUUCCUGGAGGAAGCAGUAUACCUUUGACAUUUGGAAACAGGAAGGAGUAUGUAGAGAGAGCAAUUGAAUACAGGCUACAUGAACUAGAUCAACAGGUAGCAGCAAUCAGACAGGGAAUGUCAGCUAUUGUGCCAGUACCUCUACUGUCUCUACUAACAGAAAGACAGCUUGAGCAGCUUGUUUGUGGGAUGCCAGAAGUGAACGUAGAUACCUUAAAGAAAGUUGUACGUUACCGUGACAUUGCUGAAAACCAUCAGCUGCUGAAUUGGCUGUGGCAAACAUUGCAAGAGUUUUCUAAUGAGGAGAGAGUGUUGUUUCUUCGCUUUGUCUCUGGUCGCUCUCGGCUACCAGCCAAUCCUGCAGACAUAACACAGAAAUUCCAAAUUAUUAAAGUCGACAGGCCAGUCGAUGGUCUUCCUACAGCUCAAACUUGCUUCUUCCAGCUUAGGCUGCCUCCUUACUCAAGCCAAGAGGUGAUGGCUGAACGUUUACGCUAUGCCAUUCAGAACUGCAGAUCAAUUGACAUGGACAACUACAUGCUGUCUAGGAAUGCUGACACUGGAGAAGGUUCCGACAAUGAAUACUGAGAACUGCUAUUUCAAUGCAACCAUAUCACCCUGAAAAUCAUUUUUUCAAUUAAAGGAAUCUCAGGAGAUUAAGAAAACAUGAACUAAGCAGCUUCCAAAUAACUUUACAUUUUUUUAAUGGAUCUUUUCUACUUUGCAAAAUAAGCAGUGGUGGCAACACAACAUUUACACCAAAUAUGCACCAGUGUUACCUUUUAAGGAAAACUGUUUAAUUUGACUUUGUGCACUACCUAAAAUCAGGAAUUAACUUUCUCCUGUAAAAUUGUAAAGUGAUUCUUUUGCAGAAAGCAUGUACAUGUGGUACGGUGACUAAGUGUAGCACUUUUCCUAAUUGAAACAUCUUGUGUACAGGACCAGGAUGGAUGAUUGCCAAGCAGUAAUCUGAUUAUGAAAACUUGACUAAGUGAAUCUGAUUCUUUGGUACUGAAGUAAUUUUCCAAACCACACUGAACAAUAAAGCAUCUGCCGUGUGCUAACAACAAGCAUAGUAUUUUCCUCUGUGGCCAAUGCAUGUUCAUUAUCACAUCAUUGUCAUCUAUUCUGUUAUACUGUAUAGCGCUAUUUCAU